AUCGGCUCCCACUCCGUCAGCCGACCCGCCCCGCCUUCUCCCUCUCUCUCUCCCUCUCGUUAUUCCCCUUUGCUGCCCCUUCUUUUCCCUCCCUCUUUCUCGUCCUGCAGUUCCUGAUUUCCUCUUCCAUUAUCGCUGUCACCACCUCCACCAACGAGUCUCUUCAUCUUUCGAACGUUAAUUCCUUUGGUGCCCUUUAGGUGUAAAAUAGUCAAUGGCUUCUCCUGUUGAACCAAUUGUUAACGAAGACACAGAUGGAGUGACUGAAAAUGCACAAAAGAAAAAGGUGGAUGACAAUGAAGUAGGUGCUGGAGGAGGUGGUGCUAAAAGGUGGCCUGGUUGGCCAGGGGAAAGUGUCUUCCGCUUGCUGGUUCCUGCACAAAAGGUUGGUGCGAUUAUAGGUAAAAAGGGAGAGUUCAUUAAACGGAUGUGUGAGGAGACUAGGGCCCGUAUUAAGAUUGUUGAUGGUGUUCCUGGCGCACCAGAAAGAGCUGUUAUCAUUUCAGCGAGGGAGGAACACGAUGCUCCAAUUUCUCCUGCAAUGGAUGGUCUUCUGAGAGUUCACAAACGUGUUGUUGAUGGUUUGGAUGGUGAAUCUGGGAAUGCUUUACCAAAGGGAGGUGGCAUGAUUUCGACACGAUUGCUGGUAUCUGCUACACAAACUGGAAAUCUGAUUGGGAAGCAGGGAGCUACAGUAAAGUCAAUUCAGGAAGCAUCGAAUUGCAUUGUCCAUGUUCUUGGUCCAGAGGAUCUCCCUGUAUGUGCUUUAGCUGAUGAUAGGGUUGUUGAGAUAGAAGGCGAACCGACCAACGUGCAUAAAGCAGUUGAAUUGGUUGCAUCACAUUUGAGGAAAUUCUUGGUUGAUAAGAGCGUGCUUCCACUGUUUGAAACAAAUAUGUCAACUCAAAAUCCACAUUUGGAGCAAAACAUGCCACACCAGUCCUGGGGACACCCUCAGGGUGUUCCAUUUCCAGGUUUUGGUGGAUCUGGGUUUGAAAAUAAUUCACAGUACAUGCCUCCUAUGCGGCAACUAGAUGGCUAUUAUCCCCCAUCUAAUCAUCAUAAUAUUGAAAAACAGCCUCAUCAGGCAUUGCCUGUGUAUCGGAGAGACUUACCCAUUCAUCAAGUAUCAAACACAAAGCAGCCACAACCAGUGAUCACCCAGGUUACUCAGCAUAUGCAAAUACCAUUGUCAUACGCUGAUGCUGUAAUUGGAGUUGCUGGUUCAAGUAUUAGCUAUAUACGUCGUGCUAGUGGAGCUACCAUCACAAUACAAGAAAGUAGAGGUGUUCCAGGAGAGAUGACUGUUGAGAUUAAUGGAACAGCUACACAAGUUCAAACUGCUCAGCAGUUGGUACAGAAUUUCAUGGCAGAAGCUUCGGGAUCAACACAGAAUCAGGUUAACCCUGUUGAUCAUACGCACGAUUCUUAUCCUCCGCAAGGUUCCAUGUAUUCUUCACCUCCUUCUAAACCUGGAUUUGCUAAUCCUCCUUCAGGGGGUUACGGAUCAGCCUACGGAGGCAGCUAUGGGUUCUAGGCUGACUGUCAAACCCUGUUGAAUUGCAGUGACGUGCUUACAGAUCCUGACUUAAACUCCAGGUCUGGAUAGUUUUUAGCAAAAGGUUCAGUAGACAGACUUCAUUACCAGAUUGAUGUAUUUGACUAUUUAUGGCGCUCAUGCCAUUUGUGCCUGCUGUGAAGUGUACUCCCUUGUAGAGUUCAAAAGAACAAGGUCUAACGCAUUUCCCCUUUCAA